AUGGUUCAUUACGAAUUCACGGAAACAGUUAGUGAUAAUGGAUCGGAACAGGAGCUUUCAAUCGAUUCUUCACCCAAAGAAGUUUACUGUGAAGAUUGUGAUAAAGCGAGAUCGAAUGGCGGCAAUAUUAUUGAAAAUCAAGAAUCUUUGGAUCACGUGAAAUCAUUAACAGAGACACAUGUAAAAUUACCAUUCCCUCCGACAAUCCUUCCUAAAGAUUUAGUAAAUGCCUUGCUGAAUAGCAAGUCUCAAUCGCCCAAAAUCUCGCAUCGAGCUCGUGGCACGCAGAAAGUUGAAAAACUUUAUAUAGAUGCUAGAAAUGAAAGGUUACGAUCUGAAAAAGCUGAUGAACAAAAUAAAUCAUUCGCAAAUAUCACAAAUCCCACACCUACUAAUUCUACCAUUGCAGUUUCUGAUGAUUUCAGUAACGGACCUACUUUACCAACCGAGGUAAAAUCAUGCGCAUCAUCAGAACAAUCCGCAAACACUAACCCAUAUUUGGAUGCUACCACAUUUGUGCCAUACGAUUCACAUGCAUCUUUUGGACUUUUCGCAAUAUUCGUAUCAGACCGUCCCUAUUGA